CACUCAGUCUGCUGUAUCAGCACAGCGGCACGUCGGGGCAGCUCAGGCUCCUCAGAGAAACAAGGAUCUGGACUCAGUUAAUCAUGAAGAAGGAAGUGGUGCCGCACUGGAACCUUUCAGUCAAAGUAGUUCGGGGAAAGUUCCGUCAUUCACAUGACUACUUGUCCGAGUCUGACCUCUACGUCACCUUGCACCUGCCCACAGCUUCGGCCCGUACUCUCCGUACCAGGUGUAUCCCUAACAACAACAAACCCGAGUGGAACGAAACUUUCCACUUUCGUGUGCACGGCCAGGUCAAGAAUAUUCUGGAGUUAAACGUCUACGACCAAGACAUAUUACAAGACGACCUCUGCACCAGCAUCUUGUUCGACAUCAGCAACCUCACACUGGGACAGAAGGAGACCAAAGUCUUCAUCACUGAUGAUAAGGCCCAGCAGAAUAUGCCAGAGAGUGAGAAGACAAAGGAUGAGUUGUGGGUGGAAUUUGAGAUAACAGAGAGUUCUGAAGAACCUGGACAGUACCUCUCCAAUGGAGUUUUAGUGGCGGCCCCACUGUCCACUCUGGAGGUCAAGUUAGACAAAGAGCUGCCCACUGAAGGUCAGGACCUGGUGCUAAGCCUAAAAGGCGCAUAUAAAGAAGACCACGUCUUCUGUCCAUCCAAAAACAUGGGCCUCCUGCAAACGCUUCGCUACUACAUCAACAGAGAGCUGGAGACUGAGAUUGGACUCAGAACACACAGCUCAAAUUCUGUUGAGGAAGAUGGUGAAAAAGGUCCUGAUCAAGCGUCUGUCACUGUAACCCCAUUUACACCAAAAACUGAGCUGACUCUCUCUCUCCCCAUGGCAAAGCAUAAUGUAGAUUUGCAUUUGAAGACAACAGACAGCUCUGAAGAGGAGCUGAAUGUUCGUCUGGAUUUUGAUAUUCCUGAAGCAGAGAAGGCGUUUCUGAUGAAGAGGAAAGAAGUGGCAUCCCGUGCUCUGAAAAGAGCUCUGAACCUCAACACUGAUCCUGAUCCCAGCAGGGUGCCGACGGUAGCCGUGGUCUGUUCUGGUGGUGGUACCCGGGCCAUGACCUGCACACUCGGCUCUCUAAGGGGCCUGCAGAAACUGGGCCUGCUGGACACGGUCAGCUACAUCACAGCAGUGUCUGGCGCCACCUGGGCAGUGUCGUCCCUGUACAGUGACCCACGCUGGUCAGUAAAGAAGAUGGAUGAGGGGAUGCUGUCCAUGCAGAAGGAGCUCAGUAAGAGCGUGUCCGGCCUGUUCUCUCCGCGGCUGCUGCAGUAUUACAGCACUGAGCUGGAUCAGAGAGAGAAAGAGGGACACCCUGUCUCUCUCAUUGACAUGUGGGGACUCUUCCUGGAGCAGCUCGUCUUCGGCAAGAAGAACACUGGUACACUGUCUGACCAGAAGAGGGCAGUCUCUGAAGGCCAGAACCCUCUCCCUAUCUACACAGCGGUCAACAUGAAGGAGGACACCAGCGGCUCCAUGGUGGCCGAGUGGUGUGAGUUUACCCCGUUUGAGGUGGGAUUCCCCAAAUACGGAGCCUUCGUCCCUGCAGAAAAUUUUGGGAGCGAGUACUACCUGGGUCACCUGAUCAAAAAACUCCCAGAGACACGCCUCUCCUUCCUUUUGGGAACAUGGAGCAGUAUUUUCUCUCUGAACCUGACACAGUUGUGGAGCACCAUAACUGGAGUGAUGCCUUCUUGGACUCCGUGGCUGGGGGAGCAGGUUAGCAGUAUCGAGAAGGUCCAUAACCCUUCGACACUGGACACUCUGCGGGUCGUCCCUGAGGCGGUGGUUUUGAGCAGCUUCAUGAACAGACGGCCCGUCAUCAGCAAAGCCUUCAACUUUCUCAGAGGUUUCUUCCUGCACAACAGCUACAGCGAACACUCCACCUUCACCGCCUGGAAGGAUACUCACCCAGAUGCAUUUCCAAACAAGCUGACCCCCAUGGACUCCAGACUGGGUUUGGUGGACUCCGGCUUUGCCAUUAAUGCCAGCUUCCCUCCGGUGCUGCGGUCACACAGACACGCUGACGUCAUUCUGUCCCUCAACUACUCUUGGGAACGUGACCAGUUCAAGGUCCUGAAGCAGACUCAGCAGUACUGCACUGACCACCAGGUGGCGUUCCCCAAAAUAGACUUCAACAAGGUAGCGUCAGAGCCGCAGAGGGAGGUGUACGUGUUUGAGGAUGAGGACAAUCCUGAAGCUCCCAUUGUACUUCACUUCCCUCUGGCUAACGUCUCCUUCCGACAGUACAAAACCCCAGGUGUGAGGAGACAGGGAGAGAAGGAGCUGAAGGAAGGAGACGUUGAUGUUAGCACUCAUGCCUCUCCAUACGUCACCAAGAACCUGACCUACGCUCCGCAAGACUUCCAGAGACUGAUUGACCUCACCUCCUACAACGUCCUCAACAACAGAGACAUCAUCACUCGGGCACUGCAGAAAGCUCUACACAGGAAAAGACGCGAGGAGCAGCCGGCCAGCCCAGCCAGCCCAGCAGCCCGGCCAGCUUGACCAGCACAGUCUGGACACGGAUUGUAACUAGCAUAAUGUCCCUGCUGUAACCUGAGAAGUAACCGUACAGCUGCAUGGAUAAUUUUGUUGUUGUAUGAAGUUGAAUUUGUUCAGUGGGCAGCAUAAAGUCACAUCAGGUCAAUCAAAAAACACAUUACCUCAUGGAUGCUUCUUUCAUUGAUGUAUUUGCUUCUGUCAUGUGUUUUUGCAAACUUACACCUUAACUGUAA